CAGCAAGGACCCGCCCACCGGAAAUGGAGGCAUUCUACACAUGUUGGCUGAUAAACACAAGUGAUGAAUGUGUGUUUCUGCAGCUCUGUGUGGUGUUUUUGUUCCCCUGAAGAACGCAACGGCAAUAACGAUAGUUAGUGAAUAUAUAUUUAUAUUUAGGGUAAAUAUUUCUAGCUCCUAGUUACUUUGCCAACAAUACAAAGCUUGCUAUCUUAGAAAAACUAGCUAAUGUUGUACAGUUUCUGGUAGUCACAUGGAUUGACCUCAAGUUCUGCAUCCAGCUACCAAAAGACUUCAUCACCUGGAAACACGUUUUAUUGGAAAUAAAAUAUGGCUGGAACUAAAACUGAGUGGACCAAGGCACACCUGCAGAAGCUUCUGGCUGCAUUGAAAACCAGCAUCCCAGAACAUGGCAGGAUGACCACAUAUCAGAAUGGACUGAAAAUUGUGGACUGGAAAGAGGUGGCUUUCCCCCCUUUCUCUCCUCAAGCAUGCCAAGAAAAGUUAGCACAGAUUUUGAGGAAGAUGCGAAAGAUUCGGUCCCUCACAGAGCUCAUCGUUGAAGCUGAAGAUGUAAUUUCCAAUGCUGGCCAGAAUAUUAAGAUCCAUCCAGAGCACCCGAAGAGACCCAGCCCUCCAAACGCCAUGUUUUAUGAGGAGAACUGUGUCGAGUAUCAAAAGAAGCACCCAGAUAUGAGCCAGGAAAAGCUGUUCAAGCGCCUAACCAAGAAGUAUGAGGAGCUCCCAGAUGAAGAGAAGGCUCCAUAUGUGCAGAAAUUCGAGCUUGCAACAGAAGAAUACUCGAGAAGAAUGCAGGAGUUUUGUAAAAAAUAUAAAAAACCUCCCAAUCCUGAGACCAACCGGAAGAGAAAGCGGCUCUCUGCAGACACCCCAGAUCAGCGCGAACAGAGUUCUGGAGAUGAAAAGGACAUGCCUCACAAGCCUCCUGUAAGUGGCUUUCACAUAUUCUGCCAAGAGCUACGUAUGCCCACGAAUGUGAGUUCCCAAUAUUGGCAAGAUUUGACUGACACAAAGAAGGACGAGUACAACACACUCUGCAAAGAGUUGAAGAGACAGUAUCUGGUCAAGCUGAAAACACAUCUAAAUAAUUUUAAUACGGAGAAGCAGCAGCAGAUCCUAAAUAAGAAAAACAUGAGAAGAUUUCGAGCGCUUAAGGGCAAGGGAAGAACAGAAGAAGACGCACUUUCUGGUGAGCCCAAGAAGCCAUCUCGAUCUGGUAAUCAAUAUUUUAUAAAAAAUCAGAUGGUACUUCUUAAGGAGAAAUUCCCAGGCUCAAGGGAGCGCCUCGGAAAGGCCAGUCACAUGUGGCACAGUCUCUCCAAUAAGGAGAAGGAACGGUACAAAGAGGAAGCACGUGCAGGCUUAAGAAAAUACCGGAUUGAGCUGCAGAAGUGGUUAAAGACAUUGCCGGCAGCAGAGCGGGAAGCUUAUCAGAGACGUAACCCUAGUCAGAAAAAGGAAUACCGUGGUAACAAUGACACUGAAAGUCCUGACGGUGAAGACUCAUGUGAUGCCGUCUACAGACCAUCAGAUUCAGAAGAUGAAGACAUUGAGUACAGCAGCAGUGAUGAAGAAGAGAACGAUUCGGACCGUUGUGAGGUCGAGGAGGAAGAAGAAGAAGACAACGAUGCCUUCAUGUUCGAGCUGUAUUAGAAGGUGAUGAGAUGGACAGCAGAUUGUCAAAUUCAGAGCUGGACUCUGGAUAUGAGACGAUGGACAGUCACUCCAGUGGCUGACUUUAAUGCCACAUUGUAUGGUGGCCAUGUUGGCUAAAAGGUUGCCAUCAACACCAGUACUCCCUAUGUGUUGUGCCAGGGAAAAUGUACAGAUCUCAUAUUGUCUGAUUUUGUAUUGGGAUCAAAAUUAUGGGAUUAGCAAGUGUUUUUGUUUUGUGUGGAAAAACAAAAAAAUGUAGUGGUAUAAACCCUUGCACACGUUGUUUGUAAAUCCCAGAAAGAAUAUAUAUUUGCAAUAAACAUUAUUGAGGGUGGCUGCAUCA